CGCAAUGGCGGAGCCAAAAACCAGAGACUGGGACCAGCAGCGUACCCAAACCCUUUUCCCUUGUGGCCCCCAGUGUGUAGGGUGAAAGAAUUCAGGUAUAAAUAGCGCAGCAGCCACAGCUAGCCCUCCCACACAGCAGCCGUAGCUAGCUAGCCCCGCCUUUGUGGCCAGAUCGCUCGCUCGCUCGCACGCUGGCUACACCACCACAUCCAUCUGAGCAGUAGCAUCAUCAUCAUCACCAACCGGCCUGUAGUGUGUGCUCUGAUCAUCCGAGCUGCUGUUCUUCGUGAAUUCCUCGUGCAAAACCAAACGGUUCCAAUCGAGCUCGCUCCGGCCGCCACAGCCUUUAUUACGGCCUACUCCUCCUCCAAGCUGUUUCUUUGCCAGAAUUUAAAGAAGUAGCAGCUGUAGACAGUAGUAGCCACUUCGGCUUCUCGAUCCCGUGUGUGUGUGUGUAGAGGAGGCGGCCGGGGCGGCGGCGCUCGUCGAGCACAUAUAUGGCAGCUACGUAGUUACUGCACUUGAAUUCGUCCUCCGUCGCGUUGGGCGGCUGGGCUCUCUCUCGGUUGAUAGGCAGCAGCAGCUCUAGCCUUUGCGUGGAUUUCGCGGCGGCGUGUGUGUUGUUCGGUGUGGGGGGGGAGAGUAAUUGCACGCGUCACAAGAACACUCUCUCUCGCCCUCUACUUGGGCCUCUCUGCUCACGUGAUUCAUACCGGCCGCCUGCCUCGCCUCUCCUCUCCGUCGCGUUGCAUAUAUACACCUUUUCUUGUGCCUGUGCCGACGAGAUUGAGAGUGAGUGGGAGGGAUGGAGGCGGAGGCGGAGGCAGAGAUGGUGGAGGUGCGGGAGUACAGGGAUGAGCGGGACCGCGCCGCCGUGGAGGAGGUGGAGCGGGAGUGCGAGGUGGGCUCCUCCGGCGGCGGCGACGGCGGAGGGGGCAACAAGAUGUGCCUGUUCACGGAUCUCCUCGGCGACCCGCUCUGCCGCAUUCGCCACUCGCCGGCCUACCUCAUGCUGGUAGCGGAGACAGCGACCGGCACCGGCACCGGCGGCGGCAAUGGCAGCGAGAUCAUCGGUCUCAUCCGCGGGUGCGUCAAGACCGUCGUCUCCGGCAGCGUCCAUGGCAAGGACCCGAUCUUCACCAAGGUCGCCUACAUCCUCGGCCUUCGCGUCUCGCCUCGUUACCGGAGGAAGGGGGUAGGGAAGAAGCUGGUGGGAAGGAUGGAGGAGUGGUUCCGGCAGAGCGGGGCGGAGUACUCGUACAUGGCGACGGAGCAGGACAACGAGGCGUCGGUGCGGCUCUUCACCGGCCGGUGCGGCUACUCCAAGUUCCGGACGCCGUCGGUGCUCGUGCACCCGGUGUUCGGCCACGCCCUCCAGCCCUCGCGCAACGCCGCCAUCAGGAAGCUCGAGCAGCGCGAGGCCGAGCUGCUGUACCGGUGGCACUUCGCCUCCGUCGAGUUCUUCCCCGCCGACAUCGACGUCGUGCUGUCGAAGGAGCUCUCGCUGGGGACGUACCUGGCGGUGCCGGCGGGGACGCGGUGGCAGAGCGUCGAGGCGUUCAUGGACGCGCCCCCGGCGUCGUGGGCGGUGAUGAGCGUGUGGAACUGCAUGGACGCCUUCCGCCUCGAGGUGCGCGGCGCGCCCCGCCUGAUGCGCGCCGCGGCGGGAGCAACGCGGCUGGUGGACCGCGCGGCGCCGUGGCUCAAGAUCCCAUCCAUCCCCAACCUCUUCGCGCCCUUCGGCCUCUACUUCCUCUACGGCCUCGGCGGCGCCGGCCCGGCUUCCCCGCGGCUCGUCCGCGCGCUGUGCCGCCACGCCCACAACAUGGCCCGCAAGGGUGGGUGCGGCGUCGUCGCCACCGAGGUCUCCGCCUGCGAGCCCGUCCGCGCCGGCGUGCCGCACUGGGCUCGCCUCGGCGCCGACGACCUCUGGUGCAUCAAGCGUCUCGCCGACGGCUACACCCACGGCCCACUCGGCGACUGGACCAAGGCGCCGCCGGGCCGCUCCAUCUUCGUCGACCCAAGAGAGUUUUAGGAUUUUUAUCACCCGUUUUCUCCCUAGGAUUUAGGGUUUUUCCCGACCGUCCGAUCUCCCACAUCCGACGGCGGACCGGUACUUCCUAGAACCAGCAUCGUCCAAACAUGUGUCACCCUACAAAUCUCGUCGUAUUUCCCGUUUCAUCACCAUCACUUUUUUUUAGAGGCUUCUAGCACUUUUAGGUGUGAAUACAGUAACAGUAGUACCUUUUUCCCAGCUGAAAUCCAGAAAAGGGAGCUGCUUAACUGUAAC